CUCUUAGAAAAUCAUUGAGCUGCGAGACAACGAUGUUCCCAGCUUUUCUUGUGGCCCCUGGACGCCUUCUAGCGACAUUGACCCUGCGACGCAUCGAAAUACCAAAUUUGUGGUCGACGCCAUGCAAGAAUCUAUAGCUCGAAUUGCCAGGAAUCGCAGCGCGCGGCGCGGUGUGAGCUCCAGUUGCCGCAGCCCUGCCGAACCGGCAGGGAAUAGAAGGAAUCGAAGGAAUCGAGGCGUGCAUUCUGCGCCAAGCGCUCAGGAAGCCCUAGAAUGGUUCUUCGUAGCUAUGGAGGACAAUCGCGUGGCGGGAUUGCGCUUCCACUCUACGGCCGGUAUCCAGGAAUUUCUCGAUGCCGCCAGUAGCUCGGCGUCUCUGCUGCCCGAUCGCGUCUCCGAGCUCGCUCUGAGGUACAAGGAUGCGUCAGUGGUGCCGUAUCAGGUCAUUCGCGAUGUGUGGAGUAAUUUUGCUCCCGAGGCGCGGCCGAGCUUCCGUCGAUUGCUGGAAGGGGCUACAUUCGCCUUCCAUUCCCCUAAGCCGAGAGAAAAGCCCAAGGAGCUACAAGAACGUCUUCAAAAGCUACAAGAGCUAGCAGAUCAAAAGGCUUACAAAGAUCUAGUGAAAGACGUGGUAAAGGAGAACGAAGAGAUGGUUCCACUCUCCACCUACAAAGAUCAAAUUGGUUUCGGUCUUCAUGUGAUUGUCACAAUGUUCACUGGCUUUCUCUUGGGCUUUGCGUUGUUUAGAUCCCAGUUUGAGGAAUCCGUGGUCCUGCAUGUCGCAGGGGGGCUGAUCGGCCUUUUUGCUGGGAUGAUCCUGGAGACGGUUCUCUUCAUUGUUCGUGACUACCAGUACCAAAACUCGUCGAAAUUCAAGAAGAGGAGGAUCAACAGAGAUGCAGUACGAAACGCUGGCGUCGAAAAGAAGAGACAGUAGGGAUCAUUCAGCGCAUGAAGUUGAUGGAUUGAACGGUGGUUUAGAGAUCUUCGAGUCCAAAAAACGUUUUUUGGCCUACCACCUCUGCAUGUUUUGCUUAUCAAUCAUCCCUCGAAGAUGAUCUUCACUGAAAAUUCUAGCUUGUCAAAACAAAACAUCUUUUGUCAAAACUUCGCUCCAAUAAAUCUGAAAGAGAAUGUUUUCUGGA